CGCCCCAGAAGGAUGAACCCCUCAAGAAGAGCCCAGAAAGAAAAAGAAAUGAGGCAGGAGAGAGAUGUGGUGUCUUCUUCAAAAGGGUUGUUUUGCCCCUUUCUCCUUCGCCUGUGAUUUCUUCCAUCUUCAUCCUUUACCGCCCGCCAAACAACCCUUUUAUCUCAUUCUUUCCUACUGAAAGAGAAACUAGCUAUGCAUAUAUAUAUAUAUAUAUAUAUACAUAUAUACACGCGCACACACAUACUCCGUACAUGAUAUACUACUAGUACUUCAUUUCUUCUGCUCUGUUCUGUUCUGUCUCUGUUUCUAUGGAAAAAGAAAAGCUUUUUGAUGAGGCUGUGAUGAUGAUUCUCCGCUCUGCUUCUCUCUCUUUCCGGGCUUCUGGACAUUUUGGGAUGACCCGACCCGUAUCUUGGCGUGGCAAUCCGGAAUUUGCAGCCAUGGCGGCCAGGGCUUUCCGAUUCGUCACGUUGAGAAGUAGAUCUGAGCCUCACCGUCUCGGAAAUUCGUGUUCUGUGAAAAUUGGGUUGGGCGUCGGUAUGAUUCUGACCCGUAUCUUGGCGAGGCAAUUACUACUGUUUGUUUGAUUGCGAAUUGCGUGGUAAUUUACUGGGUUUGUUGUUGUUGUUGUUGGACAGGAAAAGGUUGGAAUAUAUGAGAUUGUCCUCCCCAAUUAGAAUACGAACCAUGCUACACUUGCACCAAAAUUGUGCACCCCCUUGGGGUACAAAUAGCUUUAUCCAAAAAAGAAUUAUUACACUUGGGCUUUGUUUGGUUCUGACGAGUAAGGUCUUGUUUCUGAAAACCUUUUCAAAUGAUAAUGCUAAUCUCUAGAUGCCAAACGGGGCCUAAAACUCAUCAACAACCAUUGGUGAUGUAGAUAUAAUGGAGUUGAGUCAAACCUCUCCACAAGAUUCAUUUAUAUAUGAAGGCUUGAUUUGUAUAUCAAGCUAAACCCGAAACCUUGAACCCUUAAUUUUAGGCUGUGAUGAUUAACUGGUUUCUAAACAAGAAAUUGGGUUUUGUACCCCCUGGCGUGGUAGCUUUUCUUGCAGCCAUGGUGGGUUCAACCUUACUUCUCGUAUUAUGAAAGAUAAGUUGAAUCUGAGCCACUUUGUUUAUUAAGGAGUAGGUUCCAAUGCACUCUUUGGUCUUGUUUGGGACCAAUGUUUUUAAUUAACGUUUUAGAUCAUUUCUCAAUGAUGCAAAGAAACUUUAAAAGUGUACUAGUGUUGAGAAUUGUCAUUAGAUUUCAGCUUCUUCUUUUUUUUCAAAAUGUUGAAGCUAAAUAUGGAAGCUUUUGCCAAACGUCCACUUUGUUUGCUGCCAAAUAUAGAAGCUUUUGAUAUAAAAGGGAAGAGAAAGAACAAAGUGUUGAAUCAUCCAACUGUUGAUGGCUGAUGUUUAGCACGCUCUAGGGAGAUAUUAUAUUUUUCAUGUGAGAAGCUAGACUAGAUAUAAGAUGCUGAAGUAGAGGAUGUAUUGGGAAAAGGUUAUUAUCCCAUCCCUGAGGGCCCCUAAGAGAGAAGGUAAAUUGUAAAUUUGACUUUAAUUAUGGGUUUGUGUCAAAUAGUGGAGCAUGCACCUGCCACCUCGUAGUUGCAAAGGCUCUUUGCUUACAUAGUUAUCUCCCAACGCAAUUUCUAGGAAUAGAACUCGGGUCUAACUUUACUUCAGUGCAGAGAUGUAUUGGAUUUUUCAAGGGUGGUUGCCAUCUCUGCAAGCAGCCAAUGACCUCAUUUGUAUGAGGAAACAGUCAAACAACCCUUUUGUAUUGAAAUAUUUGCACUAAAUAGCACUAAAACUUAAGUCAUUUUCCUAAAUAGCAUUAAACUGUUUUAUUCCCUAAAUAGCACUUAAUAAUGUCCAUAAUGUGCAAAAAACACAUGUGGUGCUAUUUUGGAAAGUCAUUAUGUUUUACACAUCCAGCCAUGCAUAUAUAUAUUGGUUUCUGACCAUGUCUCUUAAGUUGUGUUGCAAGGAAUGACACUUGCAUUGUUAAAGAGGCUGUGAUGAUAUACAUUUUUUCAAUGACAAUUAUGUGAAUGGCUUUUACUUUAGUCCGGCGUGGCAAUAUCAGAGGGUCUUGUUGACGGGGUCAGACACGUUCUUUCUCCAGUUUUUUCAAGGCAACUGAUGCUUGCAGCCUGGCAUGUUUAGCAUUUUUUUCUUGAUUAAAUGGGCGAAAAUCUGAGCCUCACUAUUUGAAAGAACAAAUAUGUUUGUGUUUUUAAAUGAGGGUGGUUUUGGGAUUUCUGGGAGUUCUAAUUUCUCAACUGUUUAACCAUCAUUUGCCUGUUACUAACAGCCAUAUUAGAGUUUAGAUCUCUCCAAACGCUUCCAUAAAGUCUUUUUUGCUUAACCUUAUUUGUUUUUUCGUUUUACCUUAUAUGUUUCUUUUGUUUAACCUUAUCUGUUUUUGAUUUUUAACCUUAUUUGAUUUUUUUUUGUUCACAUAUGAAAUUUCAUUCAUCAGUGUUCUAUUUGACCAUACAUUUCUUUUCUUUUUGCUUCUUCUCUUACGUUAUCCUUCCCAUUAUCUUUUCCUCGUGUUUUCUGGAUUCUUUAUCAUAUGUAUAUUAGGACUUACGGAAUUUUUAUAAAAGGCAAGUUGAUCUCUCAUAAUUUUGGGCCACCAACAUCUUUUUCGCUGUUUUUUACCUUUCCAUUUUAGAAUACAGAUUCUUCAAUUGCAGAGGUUGAAGAUGAUUCUUCGCUCUGCUUCUCUCUCUCUCUUUCUGGGCUUCUCAACAUUUUCGGAUGACCCGACCCGUAUCUUGGUGUGGCAAUCCGGAUUUUGCAGCCAUGGCGGCCAGGGCUUUCCGAUUUGUCACGUUGAGAAGUAGAUCUGAGCCCCAAUGUCUCCUGAAUUCGGGUUUUGGGAAAAAUGGGUUGGGCGUGGGUAUGAUUC